UCACUCCAACAAGUAACGAGUAAACAGCUCCACUGAAAAGGAAAUUAAUUUGAGAAUAAAUUAACUUAAUCGAUAAAUCAAUAAUUCAAGAUGCCUUCAACAAUGUUCCGUGACUACCUUGAAAUGGUUGUUGGAUUCAACGAACCAAUCGGAAAGAAAGCUCAGUUCCUUAACUCAUACUUGGGAGGAUUAUCAGGAAAGAUUGAUAUGGUUGCUCAUGAGAAGAAGCCAGCAACAUACACAUUCGCAAGCAGAGGACCAGUUGCUGAUCGCAUCAGAGACUCAAACUACCACUACAGUCCACUCUCAAAGAACACUUACGGUCUUACACCAAGAAAAAUUACUGCUAAGCAACAAAGAGAACGAGAAUAAAUUAUAAUUAAUUGAUUUGGAAUCAA